CCCAAAUUAUAUAAAGCCAUAUACAUGUACACAGCCUCAUCUCAAUCCCUUCCAACUCCCUCUGUCUCUCUCUAUCUCUUUUGUACAGAUAGAUCAAUCCGAGUCAACCAUGGGACCGUUGACCAACGACCCCCGGCUUCUGCUGAGGUUUCUGAUAGUUUCAUGUUUCAUUUUGGUGUCGAUGAUGUUGGUGCAUUGUAAGGACUUUAGUUGGACCGUGGAUUAUAUUAAAGGCAAUCCAGACGGAGUGGAAGGUGUUGUCAUGGCCAUCAAUGGCCAGUUUCCUGGCCCAGAAAUACGCGUUCGGGCUGGAGAAACCGUUCGAGUUAAUCUCACCAACGGGAUUUCGACCAAGACCGAAGGGGUUGUCAUUCAUUGGCAUGGGAUCAGACAGUUAGGAACGCCGUGGGCAGAUGGGGCAGCGUCUAUCUCACAGUGUCCCAUUAUGCCGGGAGAAAGUUUUGUUUACGAGUUUCUAGCUGACAAGCCGGGUACAUACUUUUACCAUGGACACUACAGGAUGCAAAGAACGGCCGGGUUGUACGGCAUGCUGAUAGUUGACGUGGCACAAGGACAGGAAGAAAAAAUCCAAUACGAUGGGGAGUUCAAUCUGUUACUCAGUGAUUGGUGGCACGACACUGUCCAAACACUGGAGGCUGAUCUUGACAGCACGCCCAUGAAAUGGAUUGGUGAGCCACAGAGCUUGUUAAUUAAUGGGAGAGGACAGUACAAUUGCUCCUUGGCGGCAAAAUAUGAAAGCAAUACCACAGCUUGCACUCUAAACGGCAGUGAGCCGUACGCGCCAGACAUUUUAAAGGUGGACCCAAACAAGACCUACAGAAUCCGGAUAGCAAGCGCCACCUCAUUGGCUUCACUCAACUUGGCAUUUGGGAACCACAUGGUGGAGGUAGUGGAAGCCGACGGCAACUACGUCCAACCCUUCAACACAUCCAGCUUAUACAUCUACCCGGGCGAGACCUACUCCGUCCUCCUCCGAACCAACCAAGACCCGACCCACAACUACUGGAUCCGGGCCGCAGUCGUAUUACGUGACCCCAAANAGUGGGCCCUCAACAACAUCUCUCUCGUCCUCCCGACCACUCCCUACCUCGCCGCCAUCAAAUUCAACCUCUCGGACGCGUUCGACCGCCGGACUCUGCCCGACUGGCCGGAAUACGUCCGGACUUACGACAUCACGAAGCCGCCGCAGAACACGGAGGUGGCCGCCGGCGACAUGGUGUACACGUUCGCGGCCAACGAGACGGUGGACGUGAUCUUGCAGAACGCGAACGUGCUGAAGCAGGUGGGGAAGAGCGAGGCGCACCCGUGGCACUUGCACGGGCACGACUUCUGGGUGAUGGGGUAUGGGGAAGGGAAGUUUACUGAGGACGAUAGGAAAGGGUUUAAUUUGGAGAAUCCGCCAGCGAAGUUCACGACGGUUGUUUAUCCGUUCGGGUGGACGGCGGUGAGGUUCGUGGCGGAUAAUCCGGGGGUUUGGCCGUUCCAUUGUCACAUAGAGCCGCACAUGCAUAUGGGGAUGGGAGUGGUGUUUGCGGAGGCGGUGGAUAAGAUCGGGACACUGCCGCCGGGUGGGUUUAAUUGCGCGAAGAUGGGACGGGCUAUGACUGGGAAACCGUGA